AUUUUUUUCGUUUGGCGUUCUUGGUUGCACUUGGUUGUCUUGCUCUUUUUUUUACCCUCUUUUGAGUUUUGCUCUUCUAAUUUUUGGUCUCGUUGGAGAAUCAUUAAAUACAUAAAAUGGAAAACGACGCAAGAGAAUUUGUUGACCUUUACUGGCCAAGAAAAUGCUCAAGCAGCAAUAGAAUUAUCCAUGCCAAGGAUCAUGCUUCAAUUCAAUUGACACUUGCUGAUGUUGAUCCAACAACUGGACGUAUGUCUGGUACAAACAAAGCUUAUGCCAUUUGUGGAGCAAUUCGUCGUAUGGGUGAAUCCGAUGAUUGUCUUGUAAGACUUGGCAAAAAAGACAACAUCAUAGCUAAAAAUUAUUAAUAAUAUAAAUUGAUAAAAGAAAAAAUGGAAAUUUUUAGUAAUAAAAAAACAUAAAAUACA